AAGUUCAAAGGAUCAGAUAUGUGAUUCGAGAUUUGAAAGGGAAAAGCGAAGAGUAAGGCGAGAUACACGAACAAUCGUUCGACGCAUACGGAGCGACAGCAUACGAAUACUGAGAUAUCAUUUACCCUUCGUGAAGAUUCAGGUUCAGCCUCAUCUUGAAGUCAAGGAGCUUGAUAAUCGCCAAGAUUAAUUAUGGCAUUCGCAAUUCCUCCAAGCACCUGGGAGAAUGGGUUCAAACAACCGGCGACAGGUCAACCAUGGGUCUUCGAUCAUACCCAAGAGGAUGGUGUUGAGAAUGAUCCGAAUGCAUAUGUGACGCCACCAUCAACAGAGCUUGUGACUUCAGACGCUCACAACGACAUCGGCAUCAAUGUUAUUCGAACAUGGCCCUCAAUCUACGAUGGAACGAACAGUCCACACGGAGCACCUGCCUGGUGGAACCCAUCUGGCAAAGUAGAUGUUUUGAUCAGCGGAGCGGGUCCAAGCGGAUUGGCUGUGGCAGCUAGCCUAGCAAGACAGGGAGUCUCUUUUCGUAUUAUUGAUAAAUCGGAUGCGCCUCUGGCGGCAGGACGGGCUGAUGGUGUUCAACCGCGGUUCUUGGAAACGAUUGCGUCAUGGGGCCUUGCGUCCGAGGUCCAGGAGGAAGGUCCCUUAAUUGAGAGGACUGCGAUAUACAAAGAUGGGGAGAAGUUGUUUUUCAACCGCUCACAUCAGUCCGACUCCCGUUACCGUGGGCUACACGUCAUCACCCAGGGACAAAUCGAGCGUAUUUAUAUUCGUGACCUGGCUCGCCACAAAGCUAUAGUGGAGCGCAGUUGUACCCUAGGUGAUUACACGGUUUGUCAGGACCGCGAUACUACAUAUCCGAUACGGGCUACAAUCAAGAAUGAACGUACAGGUGGGGUGCAAAGCGUGCAGGCCAAGUUCCUCGUGGGCUCCGAUGGUGCCGCGAGUUCGGUUCGUAAGGGAUUGAAUAUCCCCUUCGAUGGUGUUAGCACAGACAUCUAUUGGGGUAUUAUGGACUGUAUAUAUAUCAGUGACUAUCCGCACGCUUGGGUUUUUGGGAGCGUGAUCAGUUCGAAGCAUGGUGGCUGUGUGAUUAUUCCGAGAGAAGAUGGGUACAUCAGACUCUAUACGCAACUAGACAUAUCAAUGGCAGGCCCCCUCGCAGUGUCGAGGCAGGCGAAAGACCCAACAUUUAACGAGUCGGGUGGCAAGAUUGACGUGCACUCUAUCACACCCGAAGAGGUGCUCGAACAAGCGAACAGAAUCUUCUCACCCUACAAGCUCGAGUUUGGGGCUCCUUUGAGUUGGUUUGCAAUUUGGAAGAUCUCGGAGAGAGUGGCUCGGUCCUACUCCUCGCCAGAUAACCGCGUUCAUCUUGUUGGUGAUGCAGCUCAUGUCCACAGUGUCAUGGGCGCCUUUGGUCUCAACGCCUCUAUUCUAGAUGCCGCGAAUCUAGCAUGGAAAGUUGGUCUCGCUGCUAAGGGCAAAGCGAAACUAGAUGCCCUGUUGCCUACGUAUAAUGGUGAAAGACGGCAGCACGCUGUUAGGAUCAUUGAGGUGUCUGGCACUUACUUGCGCUUCAUCUGCGGCUCUGACCUCAAUGUCCCCGAUCUUCGAAACAUUGGACAGCUCGACGAGCUUGCUAGCAAUGUCGGGAAUGCCGCUCUAACAAACGGACACGUGAAGAACGGCGAUGAGGUGAAUACUAAUCACCAGGGUCAAGGGGUGAACAGCAAUUUCUACAAGGACAAUAAGCCUGCCACCAGGCUUAGUCAGGACAAGCCGAAGGAAGCCCAAAAAGAGGCGGAUCUAGACUUCCUAGCCAGUUUCUUCAAGACGAACGGCCAGUUCCUGCUCGGUGUGGACUGUCCAUAUGGUCCUUCGAUCAUACGGCCGGAGAUCAGUGAUUCUAUCAGACGCCCACUCAGCGUGAAACCGGGAGUGCGUGCUCCCAACCCGCGCAUCUGCUGUGAAACAGGAGAGACUGGGUACCUAUACGACAAGCUAAGAGGAGCCGCUCUGUUCCACAUCGUCAUAUUUGGAUCUUCUCUCAGUGGAAAGCAGAUAUUGAGCAAGUUGCGCGUGUUCGUCAAUGGCCUCCGCGACCCCAAAGGCUUCUACCGGCGGUAUGGCGGCGCAGACAUCUUUAACGUCGUACUUGUCACCAAGCUGCUGCCCUUCCAGCUGCAAACCUUGCCGCCUUUGGCUUCAGAGCUCGUGGGAACUCUACGCAGUGAGGCCAAGGCGCAAGUGCUAUUCGACGACAGGGCGCCAGAUGAAGAUGCUCAUACAACAUGGGGAGCAAGCCAUGCAAGCGGUGGGGUAGCAGUUAUUAGACCCGAUCUGUGGGUUGGCAUGACUGCGUUCCCGGAUGAGACGGAGGACAUCAAGAAUUAUUUCUCGGGGUUUCUUGUAUAGUAGCUGAUGCCGUAGUUGAAUCUUAUGUACAAGUUCAUUGUCCAUCUCUAAACAAGACGCUCAUACUGGCACUGAAGUGAACGAGCGGAUUUAAGGCGCGCCCGCGGCCUCCAUCUCAGUAUGCUACGAUUGACUAGAAUAUUGAGUAGUCAAAGAGGACGAAAUAUUUGGAACGGAAUUUGAACGCAAAUUGGCC